AUGGCUCCUAAAAGAAGAGGAAGAAACUGCUGUUACAUCUGCCUUGCCGUUAUUCUCCUUCUUGGUCUUCUCUUCCUCAUCUUAGGCCUUACAGUUUUCAAAGCCAAAAAACCCAUCACCACCGUUAACUCCGUUUCCCUAAAGGACUUAGACGUCUCUUUCGACAUCACACGUCUCCAAGUGCACCUAAACAUCACACUUCAAGCAGAUCUCUCUGUCAAAAACCCCAACCGGGUCGGGUUUAAAUACGACCCGACUUCAGCUACCCUACAAUAUAAAGGCCAAACCAUAGGUGAUGCCCCUGUUCCAGCUGGAUCAAUAGGGGCACGUGAAACAAGUCCGAUGAAUAUAACUCUCACUGUUAUGGCUGAUCGGUUGCUUUCGACAAACGGUUUGUUUUCUGAUGUUAGGUCUGGUAUAUUGCCACUUACAACCUAUGUUAAGUUGUCUGGGGUGGUUCGUGUUAUUUUCAAGAUUCAUGUGAAGACUAGCACUACGUGUGAUUUGUAUAUUGAUGUUUUAAACAGGAAGCUCGCUAAUCAGACUUGUCAUUAUAAGACAAAGCUAUGA